AGACUGGGAGGUGCACUUGGACAGGAGCAGAGAGAUGCAUGAGUGAGGCGGCCAUUGCCCCAAUUCACUUCAGUCCUCGCAUCCACACCAAACGACAUGAGCACUAUGCCCUGCUGUCGCCCAUAAUUCCGCCUCGCUGCCACGUCCACCGUAUCCUUUCUAUCGUGGGACGCAUAACCGUUUCCAACUGCUACCCUACUUUUUCCAGAAUUCUCGCCCGCCUCCAUUUCUCGUGACUCUCUCACCUUGCUUGUACGUAUUAGAAGCCAGUUCGUAAUAUCAACGAUCAAUCCUCAGCCCAGCCUGUUUCAUUCUAGAAGUGACACUAAUGGGGCUUCCAAUGAAGCACGCUCGACCCCCCGUGAACGACGCCCAAUGUCCGCGCCUGGCUGCGAGGCUCCGUCGACGACGCCAUGUGCGACGUCGCACGCUCGUUCCAGUCGCAGGCGAACGACAUCCGCGAAGACGACCAACCCGAAAACACUGCGUCGCUCCCCAAAUCCUACGGCAGCCAUUUCCCGUUCAGCAUCUCCCGCUUCUUCUCGCGGAAAGGCUCCCAGCGACCGCUUAUCUCGCGGGCCGACCAUCCCGAUGCCGCGGCGGAUCUCGCGAGCGGGUUUUGAGCUGGGCGCCACGGAGGACGCGGCGGUUCGGCACCACCUGAGCUGCAUGCCAGCCGACUAUGUUUCAAAGAACUAUCCGCGAGCCGACGUUCUGCUGCACAUGGAGCUUCUUAAAGAGGCCUCAGCGCUGAAGGAGGGCGUCCCUGCUCUGCGACUCGAUAUGCGUGCGACAGAUAGCGGCGACUCGACGACGACGGGCGACGAGAGCGAAACGGACGACUCGUCGAUCGGCGGGUUCUCGUUAUCGUCAGUGGACGACGUUUCGUGCACGGGCAUUAUGAAUGUCGCCUUCGCUUGUAGCACGCGCGUCUGCAAGCGGAGCUUGACCGCGGCAUUCCAGCGCACUGGCGUACGCGUUUUAGACUGCUCCUCGUUUCGCACAGUCCACGGAUACACUUUGGGAUUUUUAACCGUCCGAGCGGCGAUUUCGCAAAUAUCGAAGCGGCAAAUAGAGGAGAUAUUUACGGCCGCCGGCAAGCAGACCUCACGACCCCGUACCGCUACCGCCCUCCCCACCACAAUCCGCAGCUGCCAGUCAGAAGUGUCCACGUCAGCGCUCGAUAGACUAACCCUAACUCCCGACAGUUCGCGGAAGCCGCCCGCUGGUCCCUGCCUCAGGCCUCGCACCCCGUCGUCCAAGAGCGUCGCAGGCGUCGCAGGCGACGCCAACGACCUCUUGCAGGUGUUACUCUUCAACAGUCGCAGCCCGUCCAACAACUUCAGCGAGUUCCUCCUCAACCCGCUUAAGCUCGAAAUCGGCGCGCUUAUCGCCGUCGGCGCGUCCGGCGAGGUGCGUCGCGGCAGCUACGCGGGGAAGGCGGUUGCAGUGAAGAUAAUGAAGGGUGACACUAUUGAUCGCCACGCCAGCGCGACGGAAUUCCGCCAGGAGGUGCUGACGCUGAUGUCGUGCGACGAGUGCCCGCGACUGCUCGAGUUCGUCGGCGUGUGCCUCGACACGCGCCGUCGCAUGUGCAUCGUCACGCGACUCAUGGAAGGUGGCACGCUCAGCGACCUCGUGCGACGCCGCCACGGCGAUCGCCUCCCGCUCGGCGACGCCCUGCGAAUCGCGCACGACGUCGCAGAAGGCAUGGCGUUCCUCCACCGCCGCGGCAUGAUCCACCGCGACCUGAAAUCCGCCAACGUCCUCCUCGACUCCGCUGGCCGCGCUGUCGUCGGCGAUUUCGGCGUGGCGCGGCUUAAAGGCGACCGCGGCGACAUGACGAAGGAGGUCGGAACUUACCGCUGGAUGGCGCCUGAGGCGUUCGGCACGAGCGCGUGGCACGUGACGCACAAGAGCGACGUGUACAGCUUUGGCGUCGUGCUCUGGGAGCUUGUCGCGUGCCAGGUACCGUUCGAGGACUACACCCCGUUACAAGCAGCAGUCGCGGUGGCGCUUAACGGCUUGCGGCCGGCGAUUCCGGCGGAGUGCCCCGCGGGGCUGCGGGGGCUGAUCGAGCGGUGCUGGGACAAGUGCCCCGAGGCGAGACCCGAGUUUGACGAGGUGGUGAGGGAAAUCGCGGCACAGCAAGAGCAGGCUUGCCCGUGAAAGACGACGUGCGGUGGAGAGUGGUGGGGUGACUGGUAGCAGUGGUGGUGCUGCUGGGGAGGCAGUGGAGGUGUAGGCACGGUGCAGGGAGGAGUGACGCAGGCAUAGUGGGCUGAGGGGCGAGAGUCUCCCAGAUACAUGGCAAUGGAGGUGAUGCAGCAGCACAUUGGAACGGAGAGUUGAGAAGGGAUAUGGGGAUGGUGAUGAGAAUUUCCAUGGGGAUGUGCAGCCAGCAGUCAUUGUUUAUACAGAGAGCAGACGGUAUGCGAGAUGCAAUUGCCGCAUCGUCUGCUGCUCGACUCCUCUCAAUCGUGUGUUUCACAAAUGCCCUCUGUUACAGCUAAAGAGGAGCACAAGGUUGACAUGGUGACAGGGCUAGGUGGUGUGGCAUGCACUCAAGUGCAGAAGCCUUUGUACAGAGGUUAUCCAAGACUUACCAUGUGAAGACGAAGCAUAUCAUAGUUAGCCAGCUCAGGCAGCCUUAAGAGACUGCUACCUUUUCCAUGUGAGCUCCAUUUUGUGGCCAUUGUUCUAACAUAUAAAAGCUCUUGCAUAGGUGC